UAAGACCCUCACAAGAAGACUCAUCCCAGCUUUGAAGUUAAUUCAGUUCCCAGCACUAGAACAAUUAAUCUUCUCCUUGUCCUUAUACCCAACUUUUGGAGAAAAUGUCUUCCAGUUGUAGCUGUGGUAGUGACUGCAAGUGCGGCAGUGGCUGCAAAUGUGGGAUGCACGUGGACUUGGGUUACUCAGAGACCACUUCCAUUGAUACCAUCAUUGCUGGGAUUGCACCAAUGAAGAUGUCCUUUGAGGGGUCUGAGAUGAACUAUGGAGCAGAGAAUGACUGCAAGUGUGGCUCAAACUGCAGCUGCAGCUCAUGCAGCUGCAACAAAUGAUCAAAGCAAGCCAAGGUUAAAGCUCAAGAAAAGCUGUCAUGCACGAGGUCUCUAUAAAUAAGGACUGUAAAAGUUGAAUUGUCCAGUUGGGUUUUAGAACUUAUGUUGUAAAAUAAGAUUGCCAUUUGACCUGCAAAUCCAUGAUCUCCUACUCCAGCUAGGGUUUGGGAUUUGAAGGUUUGCAAAUGAGAGAUCAAACUGUAGUUAAUACUUAAUAUGAACAGCUGAGAGCUCCAAUAUGUUGUUACUAUCCAUUAAUUUAUUAAAGCACAAAGUUUUCAGUA